AUGGAUACUACUCACAGUACUGAGAACUCUAACAUUCAAUUAAAUUCAGAAGAACGUGGCUGUCAAUUCAAUACGGAGAAAUAUUUAAGUAUACAUGCAUAUCCUACAAUGAUUCCAGCACUUAAUUUUAUUAUUGAAAAUCUCAUUCGUAUUGUCAAUGAAAAUAAGACUCGAUUAGGACACGAUCGAGCACUUGAAUUUGGUGGUGGACCAUCACUUCUUGGUUCAUUUCUAUUAGCACAGAAAAUAAAAUCAAUUGUUUUUGCUGAUUAUAUUUCACAUAAUCUAACAGAUGUGGAAAAUUGGGUGAAAGAAAAACCAAAUGCCCACAAUUGGAGUGAUCUUUUCGAUCGAGUUAUUCAAGAAUAUCAAAAACAAACUGAAGAUAUGUCAGUAAAACGAUCAGAUUGGGAAAAACAAUUAAGAGAAGCCAUCAAACAUGGUGGUCUAUUCGAAUGUGAUGUCAAUGCUGACGAUGGUCCAGUAUUAAAUGGUGAACCAAAACAUUAUAAUGUUGUGUUAAGUAAUCAAACUUAUUAUAUUGAAAAUGAACAUCGUCAUCCCAUCUUAUCAUUGAAUAGAACGUUUGUUAUCGAAGCACUAAGAGAUGCAGGUUUUGAAGAUAUUCACGAUGAAAGUCAAAAUCAAGAAUUAGAUAAAGUUGCAGAUGGCAAUGCUGUGAUGAUAAUUACUGCUUUUAAACCAAAAUCUUCUAUCUGA